UUCCCGCGGGUGGGCGGUCGGUUCCGUUCGCGGGGCGCGCUCGCCCCGGUGGGCUUCCUCGAAGGCGGCGCCCGUGGGCUUUCCACGGGAGUAGUGCCCCUCUGCCCUGCCCGCAGCGCGCACGAGUGGAGGAGGGACUUCCGGGUGUGCCUGUGAGCGGAAGCAGCAAUUAGCCUAAUGAGGCGUUUUAUCACAGGGAAGCCUCGCUGCUUUGCGGCUUCUGUUAACUAAAUAGAUGUUUAGGACCGCUGUUUGGUUAUUUUUUUUUUUUUUUGUUGGUUGUUUUUCUUUCUAACUUCUGUCGGUGCUUGAGCGGUGGAGCAUCUGUGGAACCAACUUCACAGGUUGUCUCAAAAUCUGUGGAUCAAAAGUCUUAAUUUUAUGCAACGCGGGUAUUUGAAACGGUUUAUGGAAAACCGUGGUGUGCAUGGGCGUGGUGUGCAUGCAAAAUCAGAACUAAAAUGUUCGUGGAAUGCAAAAUUACAUGAAACAUUCAUGUGAGACCCCAACCAUGGAUACACUUCUGAAAAAAUAAAAGCGUUUAUCAGUAAUGUAAACAAGUGUAACCCGUGCAAUGCAAAUCAUUAAAACCAUUUGAAUAUGAUUGCCUUGUGCUUGAGAGCAAGUAGUGGGAAGUGCUUUUUGUCCUGAUUUGUAAAUUGAAUAAAAGGUGUUUGACUUUUGCUGAAAUGGCUCAUAGUUCCAUACAGUCAAAAUUAUGAACAACUGAUUUUCAACUGAUACUUAAGAUCUGACAGGUAAACCAUUGGGCGGAAUUGGUUGUUUGCCAUAACAGCUUUCUAUCGUCAAAAAUAUUUGUUUGAACCCCUAAAAGUUUUAAUGGCUUAUAAUGAAUUACUUGUAAAGACUCACUCUUGGGAUCCCCAAUUCAAUCUAUAUUCCAGAAGUCAUAGUGCUCUUCUGAAUAAAUUUUCAGUUUAAUUUUGAAUAAGAGAAGGGGAUUUUUUUAGAGCAAUAUUUGGACAAACUGUGUAAUAAAUAUGCUAUAUUAUAAGCUGUAAUAAGACUUGUAGUUUUAAUAGUUCAUUUCUUGAAAGUUUCAUAAAAGCCACCACCAACCACUCCCCCCUCCCCCCAAAUUAUAGCAAAUCUUAAGAUGUGAUGAAGAGCACGCAAAGUUUUAUGUUUUGCCCCUGGAAAUCCCUUGAUUUGGAUUAAGGUUUGUUGAGCGCUGGUAGAGCUGGCUUGUGUUUAAACCCUUCAGUCCUUCCGCUGAAACCUGUAGCGCUGUCUUAUUUUUUUUUUUUUCAGUUCUGUCCCCUUGCUGAAUUUUGCAGGCUGUGGGUAAUCUGCUGUGGACUGUUCUGUGCAUCUGUGUGAAAUGUCUUUUCAGUCGUACGGUGCAGUACAAACGCAGUUGUACUUCCUCCUAGAGUAGCUGGGCUCAGCGUGCGACUCUUCCGCUUGCAUACCCCUGGGGCUGAUGAGUCCUGUGGGAUUUGAGUAGGCUCCUUGUAGAUGCUCAAGUCAUCCAGAAUGAGCUUGGGUCCUGCUGGGUUCAAUUUCUGGCUAAUACUGGUCCCCGAGGGAGUCAAGGGCUAUGUGAGUCACAGUGCUCUUGGAAGGUUCUGAGUUUGAAUGAUAUAAUCUCUUCUUUUCUAACUAGUCCUGGGUAAUGGGCUUGAUGGUGUGUUAAUGAAGCAUCACAACAGUUACUUAAACCACAGUAGCUAAAGUUAGUGAUCUAAAUUUGGUUUGAUUUGACAUUUUAGGUGAGAUGCGGGUUGAUAAGUUGAUGCUUUUUAUCUUUAGCUAUGUAAUCAGAGACCUUAAUGCUUUUCUCUGUGUUAGUAACUCUUGAAUGGUGCCUAUGUUGUGUUGGAUUAUAUGACCAUUUUAAUGGGUAUGUGACUUAUAGCCAAGAAAAGAGCGAAAUUGUUGACAGAGAUCUAUAAUUCAGGACCCCUGAAGGUUUCUGAUUUAGUUGCACUAAAAGAAGUGUAAUUUUUUUUUUUACCUGAGAUUUCUGUUAAGUUGCACUCGGAUAGAAAUUGUAAUUUAAGGAGAUAAAGUAGCAUUAUUUUGUUGACCAUAACUACUCGUAGUAAGCUUGAUUAAUCAGUUUUAAUUUAUAACAGAUGAAACAAUAAACAAGAGUAACAUCCAUUCUAAUCAACUGACUGUUUUUCUUUCCAGGAAUCAAAUCUUUCAAAGCUGUUAACACCUAGAGAUAUUGAUAGGAGGCUAUAUGCAUUUCUGCCCUCUCCCUCCAAAGGCUGGAUUAGCUUUGAUGCUGCCGACGUACUCAUAAAUCCAGUUAGGUCUCUCUCAGAAGGCACAGAUAAGAGUCCAGGGAAUGGAACCAUCCAUGUAAUAAGCAGUUGAGAGAUCCAGGUAUGACGACUUGGAGGGCUUGUAAGCUUAUCAGAAACAAAACAAAAUAGGUGAGAGUAAAAUCUGGUGUGGCCAAGUUGAACUCACAUUCUUCUAGGCAGUUUCUCAGUGUGCCUGUCCUCCUAGCUGCUAUCUUUGGCACCCUGUGUUCUUGUUCUUUAUAUUCUGAGAAUUAGUACAUCAUAUGCUCUCAUUUCAUUUUCAGGAAUGAAGCAGUUGUUACUGCUUUCUCAGCUAAUAUUGGAUUAUCAACUUCUAAUGAGUUUACUCAUUAAAGAAUCAAAAUAAUUCUUUAUCUGUGCUUGUCAACUCUGAUAACUGCUCAAAUAGAAGUUGGUAAACAAACCUUUAAAAAUACUUCCCACCCAAAUAUCCCAAAACCUGAAGGUCUUUAUAAAGGUCUCUUCCACAGUUACUAAUGACAGCUUACUAGAUAAAAGUAAAAAAACCCUAAGAAUUAUUGAAUAUCUAAGGCAGAUGAUAUGAAGGGACAGAUUUCCAUAAGCCUUUCAUAAUUUCCCUACUAGAAGCAGCUCUAUGAGCAAGAGACUAAUGAAGGCCAACUUCCUAGGAAUGCCUCUGGAGAUCUGGUUUCUGUGUAGACUACCUGCUGUCCAAAAAGAGUUACAUUACAGCCUUUUUCUCUGUGGAUCUUCUAGUAGAGUUUCUAGCUGCCUGCUUUCAUGCAGUCACUGUAAAUGUCUGGUCUAAUUUACUGUCAGAUUUUACUGGAUGUAUUUGCAUGCAUGUGGAAGGCACACUUGUGCACCAUCCUUCCUCCAGCUCCAUACCAGUUUCAUAUUUAACUUGAUUGCAUAUGCCUAGUUUUCUUAGGAACAUAAACUAAAGUGGUGCUGAUUUGAUGUAAAGAGAAAAAUCUUUUCAGUGGGAGCACAGUCCAUCACUGGAAACUGUUGCCCAGAGAGGCUGUCAGACCUCUGUGGAGAUUUGCAAGUCCUGACUGGCUGGUAUGCCGAGUGCCCUGGUUGUAAUUUGUUGUUGAGCCUGCUUUGAAUAGGAGGCUGGACUGGGUGUACUCCUGGGGUCCCUUCCAAGGUGAAUGAGUGGUGUUCCGAGAGGUAGACUGAAAGGAAGGCAAAGAGGAACUUUCUAUUUUGUGGUGACGUUUCACUGUUAAGAGGUGAAAUGUUAGUAUUUCCACUUUUUUUUAAUUCAGAGGAAUUAUAGUUGAGCAUACUUACUUGACAAGCUAGUAAUAUUUGUCUUUGAUUAGUAAGAUAUUGUCCAGACUUACCUUGUUUAGACUAGUAGUAAAAUAGUACAGUAAUACUGGAAGGACAGAAUUGCUUUUGUGAGCUUUGUUGAAAAGCUGUAUGUUACAUGACUACAAAUGUUGUAGAAAUGGAGGGAGCCUUUGGUGUUACACAAAACUGCAGUUUGCUGUGUUGCUACAGAGGUGUUACCUAAGUGAACACUAAAUGCAGGAAUAGAUUGAUGGAUAAAAUGCCUGAGCAAGGGUUGAAAGACCUUUUUAGAACCUUUUCGACCUUUUUAGUUUGGGACAUCUGCUGCUAGAAUUACUCCUUUAUUUUGCUAUUAACUUGCCUUGGUUCUGUUUAUGAAAAGAUUCUGUCUGAAAAGGCAAUGGAUUAUCAUUUUUUUGGAAACUACAAUUAAAAGUAGUUUAAGAUAAAUUUGUCUUUUAGCUAACCAAUGUGGUAGAAGGAUCAAGGCUCCUGGGCUAGAGAAACUUGGGCUUAAUUUUACUGUAGUGCUUUCAUGUUGAAUUUGCUGGUUAAGAAUGGGAUGCGUACCAACAAAAGAUUGACUGUAGUUAUGCCUGGAAACAAAAUACAAGCUAAGGCUUGAAGAGUAUCCAAAAUGCAAGAGAAAUAAAUUAGUAGUAAGAGUAUGGAUAAUAAACUGUGUAGUAAUGAGGGAAUUAAACUGAGGGCUUGAGGGAAUAAGCUUAGAAGGUUGAAAUUUUGUAACCUUUAUGAUGGGGAGUUGCUGGCCUAAUGGAUAGGGAGAAUGUUAGAUGAGUAACUUAAUCUUACUCCCAAGCAAUUUGUUUAAAUACCAGCUGAAUAACUUUGCACAUGAAACAGAAAUAUACAUGUUUUUGGAUUGAAGAUGAACUACCUGAAAGCUGGAAAAUUAAGUUAUUUGUAUUCAAAUUUUUUUGUGUGGGGGAGUUUUUUUGCGUUUUUUUUUUUCUUCUGGGAUUAACAGCUUCCAUUUCAGAAAGAUGGCUGGUUAAGAAAGCUGAGAUACGUGGCUGUAACAUACUAUAUCACUUUUGCAAACUAAUCUUUUUUUUUUUUGUGAGAUAGACAUGCCUCAAGAUAUGUCUGCUUCACCUUCUUCAGUAGCAUCAGUGUGUCAGUUAAAGGACUGAGAUGGAGGAGCUGUUUCCAGUGGAGCAUAACAUAUUGAACCAUCUCUCCUGGCUGAUCUGAGUAUGGUGACAUCCUGUCAGCUCUGUUACCUGCAGUGGACCAUGGGGUUGGUGCAUAUAGCCUGCUAUCGUAGAGGGACUGUUUGUAAAGCUUUAACCAGAGACUGUACAAAUUCCCGGUUGACUUCCCUUUCUAAAGAGGAUUUUACGUCUUAGUUUUACUCCUUAAAUUUUGAUAGAAUGCCAGACUAGUUACUCUGAUUUAUUCCAUUCUGUAUAGGUUCUCGUUCCAUACCCACUCCAAUGGUAUCAGAAUGUCUUCCAGACUUCUUACCGAUAAAAGGUAUUAGAAAACAAGACUAGCAUCUGUCAAAUGGGGCUCCCUCUCCAUUUCUCUCUACAAACCUUUCCUUUGGGGGGAGAAGAGGAGGAGAAUAGCAUGAAAAGUGCAAAAUGUUUCAAAUUCCUGUUCAAAAUCUUGAUAAUAUCAGGAAGGCUCGAAAAAAGGUGAAGGGCAUUCUUGUGGAUCUUGGGCUUGACAGCUGCAGGGAAUUGUUGAAGAACCUUCAGAGUUUUGACCCAGGUGAAAAACACUUUUGUAAUACUUCAUGGAGUGAUGUCUCUCCUUGGGAGUCUGUGGGCAAAAGGAAGAGAUACAGAACAAAACCGUACUGCUGUAGCUUAUGCAAGUUCUCGUCAAAAUUGCUUACUUCAUUCAAGAAUCACUUGCACCGUUACCAUGAGGAUGAAAUGGACCAAGAGCUGGUGGUUCCUUGCCCAAAAUGUGCAUUUGCUUCUGAUCCCAAAAUAGUGGGAAAACAUAUCCGGAUGUUUCAUUCAUCUAAUAAAAGAAUACAGAACUAUACAGUCAGCAUUUUGGAUGGCAUGAAACAAUUCAGGAGUGACAUCAUAAACUUUACAUGUCUAAAAUGUCAAUUUACAGACACAUUGUAUUACAAUAUGAAGAAACAUGUGCUGAUGAACCAUUUUCAAAACUUAAUAGGUAUAUAUUUUGGCCAGAAACCUGAUGAAAGGAAAGAGAAUUCUGUUGAGCACUACUGUAAAAAAUGUAAUGCUUCUGCAAACAGCCAAGAUUCUUUAAUGUAUCAUGUCUUGACAUCUGAAUCACACAGAGACCUGGAGAACAAGCUUCGGUCGGUGAUUUCAGAACAUAUUAAGAAACCAGGACUCGUGAAACAAAUGCAUAUUGCUCCAAAGCCUGCCCAAGGUGUGCCGGUGGCUGUUCCAUCUGCAGGGCCUGCCGCUGCCCCAGCAGGUUCCGUCACAGCUCCGUCAUGCAUCCAGCUUACAUUUCCACAGAAUAAUCAAAACCAGAGUGUGGUGCAGCCAAAAGCGGUUCAAAACGCUGUCAGACCGGUGACUGUUCCAAGUGCCUCUGGUAGCCUUCCACACACAACUGCUGCUCCAGUUGUAACCCCAUCGCAUGUUACUAUUGUAUCCAGUAAUCUUACUGUAGCUCAGAAUAGCGUUAAUAUUCAGCCAUCACCUUCCCAGCCUAUCCUUGUUUCCCGUAGGCUCCCCCUCAGUCAGCCUGUGAGGCCUGGAGCUAUUCCUCUUAAUCCUCCUGUCGGGACUGUAAAUAGAACGGUGGCCCCUGCAGUUCUUCCUCUUAAUCAACCUGUCACGCCUGGGCUCUUUCCUAUUAAUCAACCCAUUGGUACUAUAAAUGGUCCAGUUGCAGCUGGAACGCUACCUGUUACUCAACCCGUCAGCCCGGUCACCCAGCCGGUGGCACCGGGGGUGCUCCCCGUCACCCAGCCGCUCGGGAAUGUGAGUAGACCCAUCGGUCCCAGGGUCCUUCCCGUGACGCAGACGGUUGCCUCGGGUGUUCUCCAGCUUAACCAGCCUGUUGCUUCUGGGCUUGUUCCCGUCAGACAGCCGGUCAGACCUGGGUUCCUUCAGCUUAAUCAACCUGUUGCCCCAGCAGUUAUCCCAGUAAAUCAGCCGGUUCAACCCGCAGUUUCUCAAAGCGCGACUUUCUUGACUGCGGGCUCUAUACUUAGGCAGUUGAUUCCAACGGGGAAGCAGGUUAACGGCAUACCUACGUACACGCUUGCCCCGGUUUCAGUUGCUUUGCCUGUACCUCCCGGUGGUGGAGUAGCGACUGUGGCUCCACCGCAAGUGCCCAUCCAGCUCAUGCAGCCUGGGCCAGUAACUCAGCUGUCCCACUCGCCGGCUGGCGCGCCGUCUCCUCCAGUGGUUUUAACGUCUCAGAAUAUAUCGUUAAAAGCAUCCCCACCUGGUCCUGAAACAAGUCAGGCUAGCAGGCAGGCGAAGCAGUGGAAGACUUGCCCGGUUUGCAAUGAGCUUUUCCCCUCAAACGUCUACCAGGUGCACAUGGAGGUGGCCCACAAACACGGUGAAGUAAAAACGGAGGAAACCCCGGAACCUGACAAGCUGGCAGCCUGCGCGCCCUUUCUGAGAUGGAUGACCGAAAAGACAGUCCGGUGCUUCUCCUGUAAAUGUUUUCUCUGUGAGGAAGAGCUCAUGAAGCAUCUCUUGAUGCACGGCUUAGCUUGCUUGUUUUGCACAGUUACUUUUCAUGACUUAAAAAGCCUCAUGGAGCACAAUAAAACCACACACAAUGGGAAAAAGCAGUUGCACGCGGAUUAUAGCAACAGAGGAUUUCAACUCGGGAACGACGCUCAGGGUGACCUUGUAUUUCCACACUUUGAUUUCAGUACGGUGUUACCAAAAGAAGACAUUGGUGAAAGAGAAGUGCAUUUGGCAGUGCUCGCGGGACUGAACUCAAGGACACUUGUCCCUGUUUACAUCAAAGUGAAACCUCAGACAGCAGAAGUGAACAACCGAUGCAGCAACAAAGUGUUAACCUGUCCCUUUUGCUUUGGUACGUUUGUUAGUGAAGAAACCUAUGAAAUGCAUUUGAAAGAGCGGCAUCAUAUAAUGCCAACUGUACAUACAAUUUUAAAGUCUCCUGCUUUCAAGUGCAUCCACUGUUGUGGUGUGUACACUGGAAAUAUGACUCUAACAGCUAUUGCUGUACACUUGCUCCGUUGUAGAAGUGCUCCCAAAGACAGCAACUCGAGUGUGAAGAUGCAGCUUGAGCGUACUGAGAAGAAAGAGCUACUGUUUGUGAAUGGUGAAAAGCACGAUUCUGUGAUUCUGAAAAGAAAACAGGCAGAUUCCUGCUUUGUUGCAGAAGACCAAAGGAAAAAGGAACAGCAGCCUCUGAGCUUAAGUACUGGCAUAGCGCUCCCUCCAGAGAAAGAAGUGAAUUCAGGGGUAGUGCCUUUCAAGAGACAAAAGGUUAAUACUAGGACUGAGAUGAAGAAGCUUCCUUCUAGUGAGGAUCUUCGCAUUCUAGCAGUAGAUCCGAAGCAGUAUGAUUACAAUUCGUAUGAGGCUCAAAACCAGUUUUUGACAGACUACUUUCAUGAGAGGCCAUAUCCUUCUAAAAAAGAGAUGGAAUUACUUUCCUCGCUGCUAUACGCGUGGAAAAUUGAUGUUGCAUCCUUCUUUGGAAAAAGGAGGAAUAUAUGUUUAGAGGCGAUAAAUAAUGACAAACCUUCUGUGCUGCUGGGUUUCAGUAUGUCCGAACUAAAAAAUGUUAAGCACAGUUUGAAUAUAAAAGAUGAACCAUUAGAUAUGUAAACAAGCUUUUUAUAACAGCUAAAAGCAAUCCAUAAUUGCAUACUUAUUGAUUUAGCAGUUUAUUGUAUUUGUUUUAACUUGCAGACUGGCCUGUUGAAGGGUGCAGUAGUACAAAAAGUCUUGUUCAGCUGUGACUUAUUGUGAAAGGCACACAUAGUUGUGUAUUUGAAAAAGCUAAAACCUUCAGACUACACAUCUGGAAUUUGUUUUAGCUUUUUACUUUUUCUGGAGUAGUGUUUUUUUUUCCCUUUUUUUUUUUUUUUUUUGUUCUGUUUCCUUUUCUUCCUCUCCAGGCUCCUAUUACACUUUUUAUACCACCAUGUAAAACAUUUGUCCUGUUAAAAACAAAUUUUAUUUUAUUUUUCUGCAAUGUCAUCAUCUUUUCUAAACAAUAAAAUGUAUAAUGUUGGUUAAAAUACUGAGGUAAGCUACGUGAAAAACAUCUAUUUGAUUAUUUGUGGUUUUAAGUCCUAAUUUUUUUUAACCUAGUUUUGUUUUAUCUACUGAAGAAGCGGUUGUAGCCUUUACAUCCGUUGCCCCUUCAAAUUCCCAAUGCACUGGUAGCAAUAAAAUACAUGGCAAUCUUUUUUUUUUUUUUUUUUUCCCCCCCCCCCCUCAGUCAAGAUACCUAUGCCAGUUAAGUCUGGUGACUUUCAGUAUCUAACUAGUAUUAACAUGCUGGGGAUUGAGGGACUUGGGGGUGCCUGUUGAAGUGUUACAAUUAACUGACUUGAAAUGGUUGUGGUGUUAUCUGUUAAAUAGAUCUUGUUAAGCAGAAGCUUUACUCUUUUUGUUGGUGUUGAAGCCUGGUUUAAAUACUUACUGUUCAAAGCUUGGUAGCAGCAUUUGGUUUCUUUUUCAAAAAGCAAAACUGCUUUGGAGAGUGUCAGAUUGCUUUGAUACGUGGAGUAUGACUUCUGUGCACAUCACUUACCUGUAGAAGCCCUGUCCAAAUAUCACUGAAGUGUGGUGAAAAAAUCUGAUUUUUAUUUUAAAUUGCUGUCGCAUGGGGCAGUAACUGAGCAGUGCCUCCUUCCCAGCAAAUCAGAUACAUGGAUUUGAAGUCCUUUCGGUCAGAAAUUUGUAGAAACUGAAACUGGGCGAAUUGGUAGCAUUAAGACUUUGAACUGUAGAGUACCUGAAGCAGUGAUACUUAGGUAGCAAUUGUUUCUUUGUUUUUUUAUUGUCCUAUAGGGAGCAUAAGUACAGUAUGACAGCCAAAUAAGCCAUCUUGGUCAAUAUGAACUAUCCCUUUUGCAGGCUACAGAAAAGCUGCUGGGAAGGUUUACUUGAGUUGAGGAGCAAACCCUGUAGUACAGGUGGCCACACUGAGGCCUCGUGUAGUACUCUCGUUCUGGAUAUGCUUGGUUUCAUCUGGCUUGUCAAACAGUGCCUCUAAUAUCAGUUAAUUGCCAGUUAUAUAAUAAAAAACCCUAUAAUAUGCAUUACUUGUUUUUCUUCCUCUAUAUCCAUCUCUCCUCACCCUUCUUUCCCAGAAGGAAAAAAAAAAGAGCAGGCUCUUCUGUAAGUUCACCUGUGCCAGUGUUACAAGAAAAAGGUGAUAUGCCCAAGCUUAUUUCUGUUUUUUUUUUUUUUGUUAAGUAGUAAGCAUACUUUUGCCCUGUGCGAUAGUUUUGAAAGCAGGUACAGAAUUCUCUUUUUUUUUUGUCCUGUUUCUAAAAGGGCAUGACCUUUUUAGCAGAAUUUGAUAACUGUCCACCUGAGAUUCUAAGAAGCUGUUAGAGAUUCUAUUUUGGAUACAAUCUCGAUAUUUUUAUAUUGAUCACUUCAAAGAAUUUUAAUGUAUGUUUAACAUACAGUUACUUUAAACUAAGAGGAUCUGCUGUUUGGAAAAAUCUAGUAAUUUAAUAGCAGUGUUGAACAAACAUAGGCACCAUUUAUGGGAUUGUCUGCACGCCCCACCCCAGAGAGUGACAGUGAGGAAGAAGCAGUGUGUUCUUGUAGCCUAAUAAUAGCUCGUUAAAAAUAAAAAUAAAAAAUUGUAUUUGGGCCUAGCAUAGUUUAUGAACCAUUUUGAAGGUCUCUGCGUGAGGAAGAGGGAUGGUCUGUAGAAGCUGUGAAAUCUAGGCACUCUUAAAACCUCAAUCCUGUGAGCCCUGCCAGCUUUGGGGUAGUUCUGCUGGUAUUGGUGAAACCCCAGCCCGGAGGAAUUCAGCAGCAUGCACCUGGGGAUGGUUAAAGACUGUUCUUGAGAUAACUCUGUGGCUUGGAGUGGGGAGCUGGGAAGUCAUUUCGGGGUACACCCAUGCUUGGGGCACUGAGGGAGCAGUCCAGUCUUACCAGAGUUUUCCUGCAUAGUGUCCAGUUAAGCAUUUUAUUUAUUGGACUUUGAUUUCACAGUUCCAAAUAAAUGAGUGUUUUUAACUUUU